AGGGAUUUCUCUGAAGUGCACAGCGGACGUUGUGAACAGAAGUAAACAUGGAUCAGACAGGAGAAGCCACCAGCCUCAAUGUCCUCACCUACCACAGAGAGCUGCUGGUGUCCAGGCUGAGGAGCACUCAGUGCAUCCUGGACAACCUGCUGGCCUGUGGCUUCCUCUGUGAGGAGGAUGCUGAGAUUGUACAGCAAACCGUCACCAGGACAGAUCGGGUGCGAAAAAUCUUGGAGCUCGUCCAGUGCAAAGGGGAGCAGGCCUGUCAGUACUUUAUGUUCAUUAUAUAUAAAGUAUGUGAUGCGUACAUAGACCUCCAGCCGUGGCUGAAAGAGAUCAACUUCAACCCGAGCAGCGCCAUCACGGUGAUGGAGGUGGUUAACACAGAUCCCAUCAGCAGGUAUUGUGAGAAGUUGAGGCAUGAAAUGAGCCAGGACACCUGCUUCAUCAUGUCGUACGGCCAGCGAGAGGAGACCCGUCUAGAGGACCUCUACACGGACACUCUGAUGGAACUGUUGAACGAGUGCAAUGAAAGCCUGGGCUUUGUGGAGAGCCUGGACCAGCUUCUUGGGGACCACGCCGUCUUCAAUCCUCAAGGGGAAAUCAUCUAUGUGAUGGGGGAUGCCGGCAUAGGAAAAUCCAUUCUCCUGCAGAAGCUGCAGAACCUCUGGUCCAAGAAGGAGCUGCAGACGGAUGCCAUCUUCUUCUUUAAGUUCCGCUGCAGGAUGUUCAGCAUCUUCAAGGAGACGGAGCAGAUCUCCCUCAGAGACCUUCUGUUCAAAUACAACUGUCACCCAGAUCACGAUCCAGAUGAUGAGGUGUUCGAUUACAUCCUGCGCUUCCCAGAGAAGGUUCUUUUUACAUUUGAUGGCUACGACGAGAUUCAAGAGGAUAUAGAUCUGAUGAAUGUCCCUGAAGUGGUCUCACCAGAAGCCAAGGCGCAUCCCCUUCAGCUGCUUGUCAGCUUGCUCUGUGGGAAACUUCUCAAGAGCUCCCAGAAGGUGCUGACGGCCCGGACAGGGAUUGAGAUCCAGAGCAGGGUGAUCAGGAAGAGGGCGGUUCUGCGAGGGUUCUCCCCAACUCACCUGAAGACCUACAUCGAUCUGCACUUUAAGGAGCAGGAACAUCGGGAGCUGGUGUCAGUUCAGCUGGACGCCAGCCCCCACCUCUGCGGACUGUGCUGCACCCCGCUCUUCUGCUGGAUUGUAUUCAAGAGCUUCAGGCAUCUGCACACCAUGCACGAUAGUUUUCAUCUGCCCGACACCUGCAUCACGCUCACCGGCAUCUUCCUCCUGCUGUCGGAGGUGUUCCUCAGCCGCUCGGCCUUGCCGGCUCCGUCUCUGCUGAAGAAGAGCACCCGCUGCGCCUCAGAAACAUUCAAAGCAGGACUGAAACCCCUCGUUGCAUUUGCAAAGCUGGCGCUUCAGGGGAUGGACAGAGGUAGCUUCAUUUGUAACCAAGAGGAGGUCACAGCGUGUGGUCUGAGCGAGGAGGACCUACCCCUGGGCUUCCUCAGACCCGUCAGUGAGUACGACACCAGUGGAGGCCCUGCUAACUUUGAGUUCCUCCACAUCACCCUGCAGUCUUUCUUGGCGGCGUUUGCGCUCGUGUUGGAUGAAGAGGGUGCUGCCAACUCCAUCCUCAAGUUCUUCACAGAGUGCAGCAGGAAGAGGAAACCGUCUUGUCUGCUCUUUGACAUCUGUAUCAGUGACAACUCAAAGCCCAGCGAGAAGAAACUGUUUGCAACCAAUGAGCACCUUCAGUUCACUAACCUCUUCUUGUGUGGACUCCUCUCCAAGGCUCACACUGGCCUGAUGGAGCACCUGGUGUCUCCUGUGGUACUAAAGAAGAAACGAGCCUUGCUAAAAUCUUACCUGUCCUCUAGUGUGAAGUCCCACCUCCAUGGCUUACCCCACUAUAAUGGUGACGAAGGCAAGAAGGUCCAUGUUUUGCCCAACUUCCUGUGGAUGCUGAGGUGCAUCUUUGAGACAGGCAGCAAAGACAUAGCUCAAAUCACGGCCAAAGGCAUCACAGCGAGCCUCAUCAAGCUGGGUUACUGUAACGUUUACUCGGGCGACUGCACCGCCCUAAACUUUGUGCUGCAACACCGUCAGAAACUCCUGGGGCUCGACAUGGAUAACAACAACAUCAGUGACUAUGGGGUGAAGCAGCUGAAGCCUUCAUUCUGUAAGAUGACAGUGGUGAGGUUGUGCGUCAAUCACCUGUCAGACAGCAGCAUCGAGGUUCUUGCAGAGGAGCUGUGUAAGCACAAAGUUGUGGAGGUGUUGGGACUUUACAACAAUCACAUCACAGAUGUUGGAGCCAAACUGGUUGCUCAGAUAAUUGAGGAAUGCCCAAAGCUGCGAGUUGUCAAGAUUGGUAAAAACAAGAUCACAAGCGUUGGUGGGAAGAAUCUGGCCAGCGCCAUUCAGAAGAGCUCUUCUAUAUUUGAUGUGGGGAUGUGGGGGAACAGCAUCGGUGAUGAAGGAGCAGAAGCGUUCGCAGAAGCUUUGAGGCACCACCCGAGUCUGACCAACCUCAGUCUCUCAGCGAAUGGCAUCACAUCAAAAGGCGGGAAGGUCCUGACAGAAGCUCUGAGAGAGAACAGCGUCCUCAGAAUAUUCUGGUUGGUGCAGAACGAGAUGACUGACGAUGCAGCUCCACACUUGGCUGAGUUGGUGAAAGCGAACUCGGGUUUAACUCACCUCUGGUUAAUCAGCAACCAGUUCACUGUGCACGGGAUCAAACACCUGGCUGAGGCCCUGACUCACAACACAAUACUCAAAGAGAUCUGUGUGAAAGGAAACCAGCUCUGUGAAGAGGAAGAGAAACAGUUUGUGGCAGAGAAACGGCUGCGGUUCCACUGACUGGCCUUUCACGAGGCUGGCACAUGCCGACUUAUGUCUGGAUGGGAGUAAAGAUGUGUGUGUGUGUGUGUGUGUGUGUGUGUUCACUGUAUUCAUGCAGUGUUAGUGUUAGCAAACUGAUCAGGUUUGGUGUUAUACUUUAUGCUUCCACCUGGCUGCGACUGUCUGCUGCAGUACAAAUUCACACUAAUUGCUUGAAUGUAAAUAUUAUACAUUCAUCACCUGCUGAUGAGUGUUUGAAUGAAUGAAACUGAACAUGUUUCUAUCAGACGAUGUUUACCUGAAGUUUUCACAAAAUGUUUGAAAGUUACAGAAAAGGGAAGUGGAAGCUCUGAUAAACACGAACAGACAACUUCCUGCUUCAUGAACCUUUGUAUAGAUUUUGAGUAGAUAUUUUGUUGUGUAUGAAUACACUGUAGCUUCAUGUUAUUUAUAUUUUGACUGUUGUGAUGUUCAUUUUCCACAUGGCUGGUGGAGCUUCAGUCAAGAUGACAACAUGAUUAUAAUGUUUGUGUGAUAGAUACACAGAUACCAAAGUGGUGACUGAGGAAACUCACUAUAUAUAUAUAUAUAUAUAUAUAUAUAUAUACAUAUAUCUGGAUGAUCGUUUACUAUAAUUUAGGACUGAAUGAUGUCCAAAAGAAAUAUUGCAAUCAUUUUGGCAGACAUGACAAUUGCAAUAUGAGUCAUGAUUUCAGUUGGAUUGGUCAUUUUUCAUUCAUUUCAUCCUGUACAAAACAAACAUGCUCCUUCUGGAGAAUAUGGUUUGUAGACCAGGUCAUCUCUGUAGCACCACAAUGCUUCACUUAUGGUAUGUUGUUGUGACACAUUUUACUUUUAUCAAAAUAAUUGCAGC